UGAUGUCAAAAGAGUGUGAAAUGUUGAUGAAGGACGUUGUCUUGCAAGAUACUGGCCCUGUUCUCUCAUCCUUAUUCUGGUCAGUACAGGGUAGCCUCCUGUCUUGGUGUUACUUGCAAAUUAAAGGCAGUGAUGCAGCAUCUAAAAGUCUUGCCAAAGAAAUCCUUACAAAAUAUGUGCAACAGUUCCUGUCAAAUGUUAAGACAAUUUUAGAAUCUCUCCUAUCUCAAUACAGUGUGAAAAUCACUGUGGAAAAAUUAAGCAACUCUGUUUUUGCCAUGGUAGUCCGUCAGCUGAUGAUCUUUCUGCAGGAUUUCUGCAUUUUAGACAUCCCCCAUGGGAGCAUCCUGCAGGAUGUUGGCACAUUGACAAAAUUAUUGAAUGAUCUGUCUGCAGAGUCUGAAAAUUGUCCAAAUAAGAUGGGUAUAGAAAGCUGGCAGCAGGAGCAGCCAGUGGUACUGCGAACAUGGACAGCAGAAUCUCCCCAUAACUAUGAUAACAACUGCCAUGAUGUUACCGUCUUCCUGUGCCCAGGAGCAACUUCCUUCGAAGUUGAGUUUGACGAAAGAUGUGAAACAGAGCGAAGGUAUGAUUAUCUGGAAUUUACUGAUGCCAAAGGUGCCAAAACUCGCUAUGAUACCAAAGUUGGCACAGAUAAGUGGCCCAAGAAAGUGACCUUCAAAACUGGUCCUCGGUUGCAGUUUCUCUUUCACUCUGACAGCAGUAAUAAUGAGUGGGGGUACAAGUUCUCUGUCACAGCCUCUGGAUUGCCCGAUGUUGACAUUUCUUGGGUCCUGGAUUUGCAUCUUCUUGUGGCCAAGUUAAUGGGGCGCCUCGCCUCACAUAGUAUGAUGUUAAAAUCUUCACAGGGAGUAGGAAGUGAAAUAGAAUUGCCUCCUACUGAAGCAACAGCUGUUCUUAACUCUCCUUUAUGGAAACCUGUCUUCAGGCAUCGGAUGCGUUCUGAACAAACACCAGUAGACAGAAAACAAAGCCAAACUCAACAAGAAAGUAAAAAGGUACUUAAGGCAGUCAACUCAGAUGCCAACUGCUGCCAUGAUUUUCUCCUCGAGUUCUCAAAGUCAGACCCUACCCAGGAGUUCUGUGGGCCAAAUUCUGAACUUUUCAAAGGACUCUUACAGGCAUGUAAUAAACAGGCCCCAAAGACAGAUAUAAUUGCUGGUUCCACUAUCGAUCAAGCUGUCCAGUCUACAUUUGCUGCUUUGGUGUAUCUGUCUCCAGAUUUGUAUGGGAAGCUGCAAAAAUAUGUGAAUAGUGGUGGCAAAACUCCUUUAAGUGAAGAAUUUGCACAAGUAUAUUUGCUGGCAGAUGGUAUCAGAAUAUGGAUGCUAGAAAUGAAGCAGAAGUUCCACAUGGGCCAGAGAAGUAAUGGGGAGGAACAGCAGGCUGGUGAAAUGAGCGAAGUAAACCCAGAGUGUCUUGCCCAGCAGUGUAUCCAGAAAAGUCAUCUGUUGCUGAAUUUUUUGCCUGUACGGACCAAGACUGAAAGUCUGAACUCUGAUCACCUAGAGGACCAUGGGCAAGGCCUGAAUGGUAAACGUCAUAGGACAAGUUCUGUAAUAGAAGCAGAUUUCCAAGCCUCACAUCCGUCACCUGCUUGUGAAGCAACUGGUUUUCCUUUCCCAGAGGGAGGUCAGAACUCUGAACUCAAGAAAAAACAAGGGCCGGAUUCCCCACAGAGGGAACUGGCUUCAGCAUCCCAGAGCAGUUCUCUGGAAAAAAACUCAGAGCCAGAAGAAACCUUGUCCCCCCCUUCUACCCCGACCCGCAAGCCUCCAUUCAGCCGUGGACGGCUAAGACUCCUCUCCUUCCGUUCAAUGGAAGACUCUAAACCAGCACCCAGCAUAAAGGAGAAAUAUCCCAUCUUGAAAGACAUCUUGGAUUUCAUUAAAGAUCGGUCUCUUUCCCAUGAAAGUGUCCUGAAAAUCCUUGCUUUGAGGAAAGCUCAAGCCAAAAAUAUUUUGGAAGUGCUGAAGAUGAUCCUCCAGUGCCUAAAAUCCCUCAGCCAACCUCACUGUUUUGUUCCACCUUGCAUAAUUUUCCUGCUGGAACUUUUAGCUUGCCAGAAAGACUUCACAAAUUAUUUUGGACACUUAGAAGGGUGUGGGGCUGAAUUACACCGAGAAAUACGGGAAUCCUUCUACCAGCUGCUUCACUUCUUGGUCAAUGCUUUGAAAGGAUUCAACAACUACAGUGACAAAUCAUUGCUGCCUGCCUUGUCCUGUGUGCAGACAUGCCUCCUUCACUUUUUGGAUAUGGGCUGGGAAGCAAACGAUCUUUCCUUCUUCAUUGAUAUUCAGCUACCACGUCUCCUCCUCACCAUGUCACAAGAAAAUAUAAGUACGCAUGACAAGAUAAUUUGCUCAUGCAACAAAGAAGAAGAACUUGCUGACUACAAGCAAAACUCAGAGUGGAUGGACGAAUGCCAGGAAGGAGUUUUUGAAACCUGGUGUGACAAGAUAAGCCAAGCAGACCCUGAUAAACAGAGAAAGAUGCACAUGUUCAUUGCCCGGUACUGUGACCUGUUACAUGUGGAUAUAUCAUGCGAUGGGUGUGAUGAGAUUGCGCCAUGGCAUCGUUACCGCUGUUUGCAAUGCAAUGAUAUGGAUCUGUGUAAAACAUGCUUUCUGGGUGGAGUGAGACCUGAAGGUCACGAGGCCAGUCAUGACAUGAUUAACAUGGAGUAUGCUUGCAAUCACUGCCAAGGUAUUAUUGUGGGCCAGCGCAUCAACUGCGAUGUCUGUGAAGAUUUUGACCUUUGCUAUGGAUGCUACUCUGCAAAGAAGUACUCCGACAGCCACCUGCCUACCCAUAGCAUCACUGUGUAUCCAAUGGUGACCUUUAGGAUCAGUGACUGCCAUAGGCUCAUCCAGCCUUAUCUUCACAACUAUGCCUGGCUCCUUUUUUCUGCCCUGGCUCUGUACAGCGCUGACUUAACUUGUGGGAAACAAGCAGAUGGGGAAGAACUCAGUCCAGAAAUCAUCACUCAUGCUAAAAUCCUACAGCAAGAAUGUAUUCAAUUGAUUGGAGAUUGCCUGAUGAAAGUGCAGCAUGGCAAAGGUCUGAAAAGUCAAACUCUGCUUAGCAUGUUGCCAGAAGAACCUUUGUCUGAAAAUGGGAUGUCCUCCGUUGAUUUUUCUACAGAUAGCAAUGUAGAAAAUCACGCCAUUGAAGAAAUCGUGGAAAAUAACAAGAUGCCCAAAUCUGUCAUCCACAGCAAUGGAGAUGGAAGCAGUAUUGAAAUUCAGACUUCUAUAAACACUAAACAAAAGAGUAAAAUGAAGAUUGAGAACAAACUUUCCAAUGGUCUUCCACCAAAUAAAGAAAUGCUAUCACAGACACUUGCUUUUAAUUCAGAUUUACUUGCAAAAGAGAACAUAUCCCCAGAUGUUGAAGUUUCUGAUGUUUUGCCUCCAUCCCAAGCUGAAGAAAAACCAAUGCCUUGUCAAGAGGAAGUAUUUGCUGAAUGUUCCCAGAAGAGGAUUCUCGGACUACUAGCUGCAAUGUUGCCACGCCUGAAAUCAGGCUUGACAAUAUCUCUAAUUAACUUGGACCAGAUCCUUCCUCUCAUGUUUGAUGUUGUGAUCUCCAAUGCUGGCCAUUUAAAUGAAACUUACCACUUAACUCUGGGGCUCCUGGGACAGUUGAUUCGGAGAUUGACUCCUGCAGAAGUGGAUGCUGCUGUGAACAAGGUCCUCUCCACCAAGCAUAGCCUUGUGGCUGCUGGUGAUGGCUCCAUCGUGCCAGAAGGCUGGAAAACAACCCAUCUCCUCUUCAGUCUGGGAGCAGUUUGCCUGGACAGCCGUGUCGGAUUGGACUGGGCGUGCACCAUGGCAGACAUUCUGCGAGCGCUGAACUCCUCCACUCAGUGGCAUGAUGUGAUUGGUGCCUUCACUGACCACUGCAUCAAGCAGCUUCCCUUUCAGUUGAAACAUACCAACAUUUUCACAUUACUGGUCCUUGUUGGCUUUCCAGAGGUUCUAUGCAUGGGAACCAAAUCAGUGUAUAUGGAUAAUGCAAAUGAGGCCCACAGUGUGAUCAUUCUUAAGCAUUUCACAGAGAAGAACAGGGCUGUGGUUGUGGAUGUUAAAACCCGAAAGCGGAAAGCAGUAAAAGAUCUCCAGCUGAUUAAGCCAUGUGAGCAAGAUGAUGCGGAGUCCCAGGGCCAGCUCCGCCAGUAUCUCCAACAUUUUGUGUUUAUAACUAGCCAUCUUCUCCAGACCAACAUUGACAGUAGCUUUGCAGAGGCAGUGGAAGCAACAUGGGUUUUAUCUCUUGCUCUGAAGGGACUUUACAGAACACUUAAGACACAUGCUUUUGAAGAAAUCCGCACAGCCUUUCUGCAAUCUGGUUUACUUAAGCUAUUGGUGAAGAAGUGUAGCAAAGGAACAGGCUUCAGUAAGACUUGGCUUCUGAGAGACUUGGAGAUCUUGUCGGUCAUGCUUUAUUCUUCAAAAAAGGAGUUAAACUCCAUGGCUGAGCAGAAGGACUUAGAAUUCAAUGAGCGAGAGCAUGAGCAAGCAGUAAAUGAGUCUGUUGACACUUCCGACGCUGUGCAGAAUAGGCUUGACCCACUGGAGGGCUUGGAUGAAACCACCAAAAUAUGCUUCCUGAUGACACAUGAUGCUCUUGAUGCACCUCUACACAUUCUUCGAGCCAUGUAUGAAUUGCACAUGAAAAAGACAGAUUCUUUCUUCCUAGAGGUUCAGAAGAGAUUUGAUGGAGAAGUACUUACCAUGGAUGAAAGGAUUCGUACAUUGGCUCAAAAAUGGCAGCCCAGUAAGCAUUUACGCACAGAAGAGCAGAAUUCCAAAGCUCUGGAUACAGAUAUGAUCAUUGUGCCAUGUUUGUCCAAGCCUGCUCCGUGCAGCAAAGCCACUGAAGAAUCCAACCCAGUGACCCAGAAACUCAUCACCAACACAGAAAGUGACCUCCAGCUCAGCUACGCCAAGCAACAACGCACCAAAAGUUCUGUCCUCCUGCAUAAGGAGUUGGACUCCAGAAGCAAGAAAACUGUGCGGGGUUAUCUCUACCGAGUCAAUGAAGCUACUGCUGUCCUCUACGCCAGGCAUGUCCUCGCUUUGUUGUUGGCUGAGUGGCCUGAUGAUGUAGCAAUAAGCGAGGAGAUGUUAGAUCUCAGUGGCCCAGCACACAUGACAUAUAUCCUGGACAUGCUGUUGCAGCUAGAGGAAAAACAGCUGUGUGAAAAGAUUCUACUGAAAGUGCUCCGUGGCUGCAGUGGAACCAUGCUAGCAAAGAUGGCACUUACAGCCUGUCAGUUCAUGGAGGAGCCUGGGAUGGCGGUCCAAGUGCGAGAGUCCAAGCAUCCUUACAACAAUAAUACAAACUUUGAGGAUAAAGUUCAUAUCCCUGGUGCUAUCUACCUCUCAGUCAAAUUUGACUCUCAGUGUAAUACCGAAGAGGGAUGUGAUGAGUUGGUCAUAGCCAGCAGUUGUGACUUCAUCCAUGAUCGACAUACAUUCAGUGGGCCUCCACACAAAUGGACUGAUUUUGAACUUCCAGGAGAUACGCUAUACUACCGAUUCACCACUGACAUGAGCAAUACCGAGUGGGGUUACAAGUUUACAGUAACAGCUGGUCACCUGGGGAGAUUCCAAACAGGUUUUGAGAUCUUGAAGCAAAUGCUGUCAGAGGAAAAGGUAAUUCCUCAUAUUCCACUUGUGAAAGUUUGGGAGUGGCAGGUGGGCGUGGCCUGCAGGCAAAUUGGACACCAACGAUUGAAAGCCAUCCACUUGCUCUUGAAGAUCAUACAGUGCAGCAGUGAGAGGGACUGUGAUCUCACUUUGCUGAAGCCACUGUGGCAUCUUUUCAGCCACAUGGAAAAAAACAUGAAUUUUGAAGUGACUAAGCCAGGGGUCCUUCUUCCACUCCACCGGGCACUCACUGAACUUUUCUUUGUUGCUGAGAGCAGAGUUAGUGAACUUGGGUCUCUGCAGGAUUACUUGCUUGCCUUAAAUUCGGAAGACCAUCUCUACCACUGUACAGCCCAGGCCCUGAAAAACAUUGCUGCUAUUAGUCUUGCCAUUAACUAUCCCAACAAAUCAACAAGUCCCUGGAAUGUCUAGGAAUGACUUUCGCUGCUCAGAAUAACUUAGUUCCUGUCCAGAGGAAGCUUGGUGCAGGCGUUUUCGCUUGGUUCACAAAUCGGAGAAAGGCAGAGGCCCCUCCUGCUUCAGUAUGUGUGCACUCUGCAGCCAGCCAACCUUUCUUCCUCCCCAAUCUGGAUUCUGUAAGAGCAAAAGCGCACCUCUGGGGAAAUGGGGAGAAUUCCCUGGAGCACUUCCGGUGCCAUCAAGAGUCAUGUAUGCACUUCAUAUCUUUGGAACAGUAUUCACCCUCUGAAUCUUGGAAGGAAAAAAGGCAAGAGAAGAGGGGAUGACGUUCCCCCAAAGAAGGAGAACUCAGGUCAUCUUCUGGCAGUCAUCGCAUCCUUCGGUCAUCCUGGGCACACCCUCUCCCCAGAAGGCGAAUGAGCGAAUGAACUGGAAUUAGCAAGUAGCAGCCUGUAAAUGCCUGAAUGAGGAUGGAAGAAGCAAGAUGCUUAAGAGGGUUUUAGGCUACAGCAUGGCAGAAAGCGGAAUUGCUGCCUUACACCCUUUUUCCUUUUGGGAGCUGAGCUCUUUCCUAGCAAAGGGGCAGCUUCUAGGAUCCAGAUCAGUUUCUGCAAAUGAGCAAAAAGAAAGAAUGUAUUUUCUGGGAAGAACAGGGUACAUUUUGUGAGCAGUUAUGGAAUGAUAGUGUUGGAGUCCGAAUUCCUGGAGAGAUCAUACAAUUAAAAUCCCUGGGGCCUGGAAUUUACAGUAUUUGCUCAUAAGAAGGCAAGAGAAAGGAGGGUUUUUUUUCCCCCCAAUAAGAUCACAUUGCGAAGAGAGGGGGAGUGCAACAGGGUUUCUUUUCCUCCCACAAGAUCCCAGGAAUACUGUGAUGUAAAGAAAAUGAACUCUUUGUCUUGCUUUUCACAACAGUAAUCACAGAGCUCCUGAAUUGGGAAGACAUAAGAUCUCAAAGAUGAAAUGCAUAGGCUUUAAUUUCUCACCUCAGGAGGGAAAGUUGCAGUGCAGGGUAGGGGAGAUUUUGUUGUUGUUGUUUUUGUCCUCUCCCAGGACAACUGCAUGGAAAGCUAGAUGCUUCUAUGUAGGAACCAUAUAUUGCCAGCUGUAUACUUAUAUUCUUAUCAAGCUUGCCAGUCAUCAGUUGUGCUUCGGUAUGUCUUUCAGGAUUUUCAGAAUCCAGGGGGGAAAUGCACCUGGAGGAUCUGAACAUUGUGAGGGCAAAUCAGUGUAGGGAAACACACAUCAAAUAUAUUGCUCCUGCUGAAGCAUUUAAAAAAGAAACCAGUGUUUUCUUUAUAAAAUAUCUUUUAAAAAAGUGGUUGAUCUUUUGAAAGUGAGAUUCAAUGUUUUCUCAAUCUUAGCAGCUUUCAGAUGUUCCGACUUCAACUCCCAGAAUCCCCCAGA